GUUGGUGGUGUUGAAAACAGAGUUGAUGAUGUUGAAAACAGAAUUGAUGAUGCUGAAAAUAAAGUUGAUGAAGUUGAAAACAGAGUUUGUGGUGUUGAAAACAAAGUUCAUGAUGUUGAAAACAGAGUUGGUGGUGUUGAAAACACAGUUGGUGGUGUUGAAAACAGAGUUUGUGGUGUUGAAAACAAAGUUGAUGAUGUUGAAAACAGAGUUGAUGGUGUUGAAAACAGACUUGAUGAUGUUGAAAUCAGAGUUGGUGGUGUUGAAAACAAAGUUGAUGGUGUUGAAAACAACGUUGCCGAAGUAACAAACAGGCUUGAGUUUGUUGACAAUAAAGUCGAUGAUGUCCAAAAUAGAAUUGCUGGUUUGGAAAGCAAAUAUGAAGGUAGGUAGUUGGGCAGAAAGUCUUUAACGCUAGUUAUUAUUCAUUCAAAAUAUUUCCCCGCUUCUGAUUAGCUAAAAGCACACGCAGAAUUCACCAUAAUCAGCUACUGAUGACCAAAUUUGGAAGAAUUUUGCGAUUAAUCAACCGAUGACGUCAAAAGUGCAGCUUCCUUGCAGGUCAAUGCACCGUUAACCGAGACGACCUGGGGACGGGGUUGAGUUGUUUUGGUUGUGAAAACAAAAGUGGCGGACAUUUCACUCGUUUCAAGAGUAAGAAGUAGGCGAAAUAAUAGCUAAAAGCAUGGCAAGAACAGCAAGAAGACAACUCGAAUGGUGACAUCUGUUAUUUGGAGAAUAUUUGCGGAGCUGAACAACUCUAAACGUGCACUAUCGAAGAUGAACUUAACAUCGAUGGAGGUAAGCAUGUUUUAGCUAUGUUUUUAACCUAGGAAUUAUUUUGAAUGAGUAAUAAAACAAUUAAUUGAAUUCGGCUUUCGUAUUAUAUGAAGAAUUAUGGAGAUCUCGGAAGGUGUUAUCCGCCUCGGCCGACGGCCUUGACGGACAACACCCUCCUCGAUCAACAUAAUUCUUCAUAACAUACUCAGCCUCACUAAUUAAUAUUUAAAUAAAGCAAUAAUUUAAUUUUCCCGUAGGUCUUGUGAUAUGAUCCUGGUCUUAACGGUUCUAUUCCCAAAAAGGACCUAUAAGAUUUUCCCUUGUCCCUCGCUUGUGACAUGAAGAUAUGACAUCUUUGACAUCUGUUAAGCUUGGUUGAUGGCUACGAUCGCUAAAACAAGGACAGCGACCAUAACGAGUGUUACAAACUUAAAUAAGGAAAACCCGUCUCAAAAAUCACCUGAAGUCUAAAUCUGCAGUAGUUGUUGCAACAAUCGCUGCUAUCGAGCAAAUCGACAUUCGUGAAAGAGUUGUUUCCAUAAAAUCGCUUCGGUAUCGUUUAACUUUUUCCCUCGAUUGUAGCGAUUACAACAAAACGUUUAACCAGGCUUAACUAUAACUCCUUCCUUGAAGAGAGAGCCCUUCCCCUCGUGUACAUGCGGUUAGGGGUUUUUUUUGGGGGGGGGGGGAGGGGGGCAGAACUUCCUCUCAGAACGCCCACCCCGGGUCAAAACAUAUACUCAGGGCUAAGAAUACCCCUUGAAAUGAAUUUGUUUCCCGCAGUGGAUGCUUCAGAUUGUGCCUAAAUACCUCUGUGGGUUUCUCUUGAUGUCUUUCAUUUUUUUUAUGUGUUAAGUAGUUUUUCCUACAAAUUGCUUUGGUAUUCUUUUAUUUCUUCCCAUCAGGUUAUCGAAUAAAAAAAAUCGUUCAACCCCGCUUUAACAUAACUUCCUCCUUGGGGGGGGCGCCCCUCCCCUGGUUUACCUGGGGUGGGGGUUUUGUUUUGGGGGGGGGGGGAGGGGGGCAGAACUUCCUCUCAGAACGCCCACUCCCGGUCAAAACAUAUACUCAGGGCUAAGUAUACCGCUUGAAAUGAAUUUGUUUCCCGCAGUGAAUGCUUCAGAUUGUGCCUAAAUACCUCUGUGGGUUUCUCUAUAUAAUCUUAAUUUUCUUUCCUCGGGUUAACUUUUUUACCCUAUCAACAGAAUCACUUCAAGCAGCAAAUGAGGAAAAAAGGAACCGCGAGGACGAGUUAGAGAGAAAGAGUGCGGACUUAUUAAAGCGUACAAAUCUAGGUAAGUCUCCCCUUGUCUUUAUUUUUUUUUUACGUAUCAUACCACUUUGUGAAAAGUAAUGUUUUACUACAAGAGAGUAAAAAGGGUACUAGGUGUUUCAUGAUGAAACUGACUUGUGGCGUCAUUGGUCUGGGUAGGUGAGAAGAGAUACAGCAGCGGAAAAUUAAAGUUCCCCUUUACAUGCGGACGUGUUAUAUCAUCAGGGGCACCCAACGUCAAUUUUUGGAGAAUAUCUGUGCAGAAGACGAUUUGAGAUCCCGUAGGAUCCUUGGCUCUCCAGUUGUCCCCCGCAGAGGGUGGCCGUUUAAUGAAGGUUCAGCUGUAUUAACAGUGAAUACAGCCUUUGACUUUUUGUGAGACUUUUAGCUGUGUACAAUUUCCACAGACUAUCCUAAAAGAAAAGAAAGUCUAUCCUAAAAGAAAGGAAAAUAAAAUAUCCUAAAAAAUUCCUAGCUAGGCCUCGCGAAUAGGUUUACGAUGACCGGGCACAAACCUCUAUCCAACUUUAACUACCUUUAGCCGGCUUGAUUUGUUCCGUUUCACAGAGCGUUACAUCCGAUCGUGGGUUCAAAUCUCUUUCCCCUGAAGGCCUUAAUUUCUUCCGCGUUUCAUUUUCUUCAACAGCGUCUGAUAGUAGGAUUCAAUGGGGAAUGAAAAAUAACCUCAUAUUGAAAAUAUUUUUAGUUCCCAGGUCAUAUAUGAAUGUAUGAAUGUUUAUUUCACUGGAUUAACCUUGAUCACUAAUAUCAAGGUCUCUAAAAAAAGUCAUAAAAAGUACUAAAACACGGUUCUUAUUUUUUAAACUUGUACCGGCUCCGCGCUAAAUCAAUAUUUUGUUUUUCAUAAGGUAAGCCUAAGCUACCUUCAACUGGUGAAAACUUUAUUGGCCGACACCAAGAGAUCGAGGAGAUUGUAAGCCACUUGAAGUCUGGGUCAACUCGUAUUGUCUCCGUGUAUGGCCCACCAGGAUCUGGCAAAUCUGAAGUUUCAAAAGCAGUGGGGCAAACUCUCAAAUCCCAAGAAAAUGCGGCUUAUUACAUCGACCUUACCGACAUUGACACAGAGGAAAACUUAAUAUCAGCGAUUCGCCGCUUUUUUGUCGAUCCGUUACCUAAACAAUUAAACUGGACGUGGGAUUUCCUUUUAAACCAGCUUAGUAAAAUUGAAGAAUCUGUGGCACCGUAUUUUAUUCUUGAUAACGCCGAUUGUUUAUUACAGUCAGAGUUACGAGAUCGUUUUAUUUGCUUAAUUGAACAAAUUUUGAAAAGCUGUGAAACUCUUACAGUUCUUGUUACUACAAGGGAAUGUUUGGAGUUUUCAAAGUUGAAAUCGCUGGGCAUAAAGGUGCUAAGUGUAGCAUCAUUAGAUCACGAAUCUUCUGAGACACUAGUGCGGAGAUGGCUUUCUGUUGAAAACUGUUGUCCUUCCGAUGAAGACUGUAGGAAUAUCGCACAUUUUUGUGGACAUAUGCCUUUUGCCAUUCGGUUAUUUUGCAACAAUAUGCCCCAAAAGAAAAGGUUGCCCUUGAAACAAGCCAUAGACAACUUUAUCCGUUUGAUUGAACUUGAUGUUUCUAGAAUGGAUGAUCGAGAUGAGUUAAAACAUGACAGACUGAAUUUCAUCUUGGAAUCAUCAUACCAGACAUUGUCACCGCAAAACCAAGAACACUACGUAUCCUUGUCCGUUAUUCCUGGCAAUUUUCCUGUGGAAGUUGCUGCGGCUGUAUGGGAAAUAUCAGUGGAUGAUGCUGAACCGAUCCUGAAAAGUUUAAUGAGAAAAUCAUACAUAGAUUCCUACUCGGAAACAGGAUCCUUCAAGCUUCACAAAAUUCUUUGCCUGUUUGCAAAGCAAAAGGGAGAACAGCAAAUGAAGGAUGUUCUUCAUAGGUCAAAAACCCGCUUACUGGAAUUCUACAUUUCACUUUUUGGAAAGCUUAGCGAACGCUUUGUUUCAGGGCAGUCCAUGUCAGCUUUCACGGAUUUUCAUCAAGACAAACAGAAUAUCAUCUUAAGUCUAAUUGACGGCUGCUCUGACAAUUCAACGUGCGACAGUGUUUUUGAGGUCUUGAUUCAGGGAAUGUUGCUUAUGGACACAGUUUUGUGGAGCGAUCGAGUUCUCUUUGACAAAAUCUAUGAUACAGCGUUAACUGAGGCAGCAAAGCAUGAUGAUAUGACCACCUACAAUCACUUGUUGCUUGCGAAGGGAUUCAGUGAAGUAACUUGGCGAUCAGAUGAAGGUGAAACAUUGUGGCUGCUUUCUUCUAAAGCAAACGAAGUUCUGGCCUGCAGUUCAGGUGAACAGAAAGGAAAAUUGUUUUGCUGUCUUGGGAUCCACAAGCUCUCAAAUGGACAGAUGAAUGAUGGUGUGCAAUAUCUGAAAGAGUCUCUCGCGCAUUUAAUGGACGCAACUGACCCUACUCUGAAGAUCUUAAAGAUCAUUAUGUGUCAGAUUGUUGCCACAUAUUUUGAAUCAACAAUCAAUGAAAUUGAGGCUACCAAAUAUUUCGAAAAGGCAAUAGACGAAUGUAGAGCUUGGAAGAACUGUGACCUUAUUCUUAGCCCAGAAGAGAAAAGAAUCACCGAUCAACAAGAUCUGCCGCUGGUGUUGGAGGUACAUUUCCUUAUUACUAAGGCAACCAAGCUUUUCUCGUCAGCUGAACGAAUGAAAUCCUUUAAAGAGGAUGUUCUCCAGAUGAAAGAAAAUAGUGACGCAAACCUCCUUUCAAAUACCAAAGAUGGUUCAUUUUAUCUCCAGCGGUUUAUCGCUGGUGUACUUGCGGAGAUGACCAGUUACGAAGAAGCAAUCAAAUUAAUCCAGAAUUUAAUCGGUGUUCGGGAAAGGGUGCUAAGCCGGCUUUUAGUCCGUGAAGUAAAUUCCGUGGACCAAGAGAGUAGUAAGGAUGACCACAAGAGAGCAUUGGCGAGAAGCUACUCGUACCUCGCUGUUCUUCAUCUACGAAUGAAAGAUUACAAGGCAAGCGUUAAGUCAGGGAGGCGCGCUCUGGACUAUACAAUAGACCUAUGUGGCGAGGAACAUUCAGACACAGCCGACAGUUAUCAUGAACUUGCGAACAUCAUGAGGUCCCUAGGAGAUUGUAAUUCAGCUUUGCUCUUUCACCAGCGUGCACUUGACAUUCGGUUAAUUCUUGUUGAAGAAAACCCCUUAAAAGUGGCUGCUAGCUAUCAUGAGUUAGGGUUUACACAAUGGGAAAUGAAAGACUAUUCCUCAGCGUUGCAGUCUCAUGAAAAGGCACUUCAAAUCAGAUUGGAGAAGUUGGGUGAUAAGCACAGAGACACUGCAAAAAGUUUUCAUGAGUUAGGAAUUACGCAGUGGUUUUUGGAGAAAUACGAGUGCGCACUUGACUCACACGGGAAAGCACUAACGAUUAUACAAGAUGAGAUAGGAGAAAAUCCCAGUGCAACGGCAGACAGCCUCCAUGAGAUAGGAAAGACAUACUUCUGUCUGGGAGACUACCAAACGGCUCUACAGUCACAUCUGGAUGCAUUUAGUAUCAGAUUAGAUGUCCUAGGUGAGCGUAACACUGACACUGCCAACAGUUGCUAUGAAAUUGGUGUCACGCAAUUUGAAAUGGGGUGGUAUCCCUCUGCACUUGAGUAUCUCACGCGAGCGCUGAAAAUGAGGCAAGUACUGUAUACAGACACACCGCAUGCGGAGAUCGCUCAAAGCUUCUACCAGUUAGGACGCACGCAAUAUCAGAUGGGAUACUUUGACCAAGCUGUUGAAUCACUUAACUUUGCACUCUCCGUUAGAAGAGACCUACAGCAAGAACAACAAAUUGAAAAAGCGGACAUCUUUUAUGAGCUGGGAAGAACCUUUUAUCGCAAAGAAGACUACACGUCAGCUUUUGUAAUGCACCGGUUUGCUACUGGAAUCCGAACGCUUAAAAUGGGUGAAGAGGACGCAACAGUUGGCGACAGUCUGUUUCAGCUCUGUCUGGUGCAGAGCAAACGUCGAAGAUUUAAAUUGUCUCUUCAGUUGCUUAAAAGAGCUGAAGACAUCUGGAUGAAAUGCGUUAACACGGAGCACAAUGAAAGUGACAGUUACCUCACUACAGACAGCGCCCUGAUGAAAUUUGACGAAUUUUCGUCUGCUUUCAAUUCAAUUAUGAAUGCCUUUCAAAUGAGAAAGGAGAUGAUGGCAAAAAAGGACCAAGAGUUGCUGGACGUUCCCUACGAAAGGCAAUUAAAGUAUUUACUAUCGCAAAAUUACAAAUCGCCUCUUAAGCUUUACGAUCAUGUAUCAGCCAUUAUUCAUAAGUAUUCUCCCAGUGUUGAGAUACACACAAAUUUAGUAAGUGAACCUCUAGGCAGCUUAAAAAAGCAACUUUUACAGAAAGCGACUUGGUAUUAUGACUUUGGGAACAAAGAGAUCAAUGCAGACCACUUUGUUACCGCUCUGCAUUUGCAUCAGCAAGCACUUAAUUUAAGAAAGAAGCUGCUCAGUGAAGAGCACGAAGAUCGUCAAGAUCUAGCGUCCAGCUACUUUUCAGUGGGAAAUGCACAGUAUAAAAUGAUGGACUAUACGUCAGCCCUUCAGUCACACCAGCGAGCACUUGAAAUACGCUGUAAAACACUCGGGGAAAACCAUCCAGACACAGCUGCCAGCUAUAAUAACAUUGGGUGCACACAACAAGAAUUAGGAGACUAUACUUCAGCUCUUCAGUCACACCAACGAGCACUUGAAAUACGCCGUAAUUCACUUGGGGAAAACCAUCCAGACCCAGCUGCCAGCUAUAAUAACAUUGGGUGCACACAAAAAGCAUUAGGAGACUAUACUUCAGCUCUUCAGUCAUUCCAGCGAGCACUUGAAAUACGCCGUAAAACACUUGGGGAAAACCAUCCGGACACAGCUGACAGCUAUAAUACCAGUGGGCGUACACUACAAAAAUUAGGAGACUAUACUUCAGCUCUUCAGUCACACCAGCGAGCACUUGAAAUAUGCCGUAAAACACGUGGGGAAAACCAUCAAGGCACAGCUGUCAGCUAUAAUAACAUUGGGUGUAGACAACAAGAAUUGGGCGAUUAUACGUCAGCCUUUCAGUCACACCAGCGAGCACUUGAAAUAUGCCGUAAAACACUUGGGGAAAACCAUCCAGACACAGCUGCCAGCUAUUAUAACGUUGGGUGUACACAACAAGCAUUACGAGACUAUACUUCAGCCCUUCAGUCAUACCAACGAGCAAUUGAAAUACGCCGUAAAACCCUUGGGGAAAACCAUCCAGACGCAGCUGCCAGCUAUAAUAACAUUGGGUGUAUACAACAAGUAUUAGGAUACUAUACUACAGCCCUUCAGUCAUACCAGCGAGCACUUGAAAUACGCCGUAAAACACUUGGGGAAAACGAUACUGACACAGCUACCAAUUACAAUAACAUCGGGUGUGCACAACAAGAAUUAGGAGACUAUACUUCAGCUCUUCAGUCUCACAAGCGAGCACUUGAAAUAUGCCGCAAAACACUUGGGGAAAACCACCCAGACACAGCUGUCAGCUAUAAUAACAUUGGGUGUACCCAAACAGCAUUAGGAGACUAUACUUCAGCCCUUCAGUCAAACCAGCGAGCACUUGAAAUAUGCCGUAAAACACGUGGGGAAAACCAUCCAGGCACAGCUGCCAGCUAUAAUACCAUUGGGUGUACACACAAAGCAUUAGGAGACUAUAUUUCAGCUCUUCAGUCACACCAGCGAGCACUUGAAAUACACCGUAAAACACGUGGGGAAAACCAUCCAGACACAGCUGCCACUUACAAUAACAUUGGAUGUACACAACAAGAAUUAGGAGACUAUACUUCAGCUCUUCAGUCUCACAAGCGAGCAAUUGAAAUACGCCGUAAAACACUUGGGGAAAACCAUCCAGACACAGCCGCCAGCUAUAAUAACAUUGGGUGUACACAAAAAGCAUUACGAGACUAUACUUCAGCCCUUCAGUCACAUCAGCGAGCACUUGAAAUAUGCCGUAAAACACGUGGGGAAAACCAUCCAGGCACAGCUGCCACUUAUUAUAACAUUGGGUGUAUACAACUAGAAUUUGGAGACCAUGCGUCAGCUCUUCAGUUACACCAUCGAGCACUUGAAAUAUGCCGUAAAACACUUGGGGAAAACCAUCCAAACACAGCUGGCAGCUAUAACAACAUUGGGUGUACACAAAAAGCAUUAGGAGACUUUACUUCAGCUCUUCAUUUAUUCCAGCGAGCUCUUGAAAUACACCGUAGAACACGAGGGGAAACCCAUCCAGACACAGCUGACGUGUGUCAUAACAUUGGGUGUACACAGCAAGAAUUAGGAGACUAUACUUCAGCUCUUCAGUCUCACAAGCGAGCAUUAGAAAUACGCCGUACAACACUUGGGGAAAACCAUCCAGACACAGCUGCCAGCUAUAAUAACAUUGGGUCUACACAAAAAGCAUUACGAGACUAUGCUUCAGCCCUUCAGUCACACCAGCGAGCACUUGAAAUACGCCGUAAAACACGUGGGGAAAACCAUCCAGGCACAGCUGCCACUUAUCAUAACAUUGGGUGUACACAACGAGAAUGUGGAGACUAUACUUCAGCUCUUCAGUCACACCACCGAGCACUUGAAAUAUGCCGUAAAACACUUGGGGAAAACCAUCCAGACACAGCUGCCAGCUAUAAUAACAUUGGGUGUGCACAGAAAGCAUUACGAGACUAUCCUUCAGCCCUUCAGUCACAUCAGCGAGCACUUGAAAUACGCCGUAAGACACAGCUGCCAGCUAUAAGAACAUUGAGUGUACACAAAAAGCAUUGGAAGACUAUACUUAAGCCCUUCAGUCACACCAGCGAGCACUUGAAAUAUGCCGUAAAACACUUGGGGAAAACCAUCAGGCAGAGCUGCCACUUUUAAUAACAUUCGGCGUAUACAACAAGAAUGAGGAGACUAUACUUCAGCUCUUCAGUCACACUAGCGAGCGAUUGAAAUAUGCCGUAAAACACUUGGGGAAAACCAUCCAGACACAGCUGCCAGCUAUAGUAACAUUGGGUGUACACAAAAAGAAUUAGGAGACUAUACCUCAGCUCUUCAGUCACACCAGCGAGCACUUGAAAUACGCCGUAAAACACUUUGA